GGAUGGAUCCAGGCAAAGCUUCACCUGUAAGGGUCAAGGAUGGCAUGAAAUCGCCGACUGUCAUUCCUCAGAGUACGGACACAGUGUCAACCAUACCUGCUGAUGAUGUCCUCUCGCCCGUCGAAUCCCCGCUAGACACCGCACUACAACAGGCGCUUGGUUUCAGCGCUCGGCAACAGGCGUUCGAAGCGCAAAACAUUCAGGCAUCGAGAACGAAAAUGGAAGGAGACGAUACUGAAGACUCGUACCCACCGACCAAGUUUAAAAAGACUCGGGUCGCGAAAGUCAUCGAAGUACAAGAGCAAUCUCCGCAGACAGUUGGCCAUACGAAGUAUGAUGCAAGCAAGAUAUCCCUGGUUGCCGAAUUGAAGCAGACUGACUCCUUCGGUAAACCGCUGACUGCCAUUCCAUCCUCCAUCGAGGGCAGAUACCAGUCUAUUAAUGCUGACGAUAAAAGCUUGAUGCCUAUUGGUACAGAAGAUGAGGACAAGCCCAGCGUCGACAAUAUUGAUUCUGGAGCAGACAGAGAGACAGGAACCAAGGAUUCCGCGUCCUCUUCGCUGGAAGAUGAGGACAAAGAAAAGGAAUCCAUUGUCAGGGCACUAUUUGCGAAAAGACAUCAAGCACCAAAAGACAAGAAACCUCAAGCAGCUGCAUCAGAUGAGAGCCGUGCGGCUGAGGGCGGUGUUAAACGAGACUCCCUCGUUGCCACGGUAACCGUUGUCACCAGCCUGAUGAAAUGGCAGAUGAAAUCGAAGAAUAAAGCUGGAGUCAAGUUGCAGUCCAUGGAAAAGUAUAAAGGUCACUUGGAGGUGAUUCAGAGACGAAGUCGUCAAGAGCACGUGGACAUCCCAUUUCCCAUACGGCUGAGUAUACGGAGAGAAGUACUACCUAUCAUACACAACGUCGUCAGAGAGUACAGACUGGCUCUGGGUCAUGAUCACAAGUUGACGCGAGAAGCAAUGGCCAAAGAGAAACAGUUACGAUCAGAGCUUACUGGAGAAGAGGUCUCACUGUGAGUUUGGGAUCAGUUGACGAUCCUGUGGCACAGCACACAACAUGGUGUCAUCAAAAUACGGAGCAAUUGGGAAAUCCUUUUUGAUGUGGACACUAUAUUGACUUCAAGUUCAAGGUGAAUGUGGGAUUGUGGACAAUGAGGUUUCUCAUUUGUAUCUUUGUGGUCUUGCAUUAUGAGAAGAUAGUAUAUGAUAUCGCUAGUAUUUCUCCUUGCUCUACUAUGCCUGAACCCAAACAUUUUCAAUUAGGUGGACUCAUUGAAUGACUAAUGCCAAAAACGUGUAACUUCACAGUUUGCUAAAGUAUGUAGCCUAUUUUUAACCUGUACAUUAUGUUUGGAUAACGCCUGGCUGUUUGUGGUGUGACAUCUUAUAAUUAUGAUGGCCUUUGGGAACUUAACCGUGUCUCAAGACAUGCACUCAAAACAUGAAAGUCUUGCUUUGUCCGCCCUCUUGCAUGGCAAAAGCAUUUAUUAGCUGGGUGCAGGCCAGUUAAUAGGUCCGGAAUUGGGCCCACUCCGGCCAAAUCACGAUUUGCAGGCCCUCAAUAUUUUCACUGUUAGAGCAUUUUGUGGGACAUUAACUUGAGGGUUUGUAUAAAAGAAGGGUGGAAGCUGUAAACAGGACUGCGAGCU